UGUCGCGUCUCAGAUCACAGAGGCAACCGUGCUUAGAAUUGUGAAUUUGUGAUCUGUGGAAAAGUGGUACACCGGACUUAUAAAUCCUCGUCAGGAAAAUGAGCCGAUGUUUGGCAGAGGGUGGCCCCCACCAACAAAACAAGCUGUCACACAGGAUAGCUGAGAUAACUUGCCGUAGAUGGGCCUAUAAAGUCUUCCGGCUCUCUCCACUUCUCUAGAAGGCUCCUUAAUCGACCCGGAUUUGCAUCAGCUCCCGAACUCGUCAAGAUGGCUUACACCGGUCAGUGCAAUUGUGCGAGCGUGCGCAUCACCUUGCCCCAACAACCUGCCAACUCGGUGCUAUGCCAUUGCUCUAACUGCAAAAAAGCCGGCGGAGGACUCUUCUCGGUCAAUUAUUUCGUCGACGAGAAUGACAUGGUCAUCGAGGAUAGCAACGGCGUAAAGAAAGUCUACCAGGAUCCCAAUACUCGGUCCGGAAACAAGAUUUCGCGUCAUUUCUGCUCCAACUGUGGAAGUCCGUUGUUUACCCUCACUCCUGGAAACCCAGGCAAGGCAUUCUUGAAGGCACCGUUGUUCGAGAAAAUCGCUCCUCCGAGUAUGGCUGUGUUUGAGGAGAAACAGGAGGAUUGGGCCAAGGUUCACUUGUGAUACUGAAAUUGUAGAAUUGGAAUCUGGCGUUAUGAUGCAGGGAAUUGAAAUUAUCAUCACGAGACUCGUAGAGUGCUGUACCAUGGAUGGCGGUGAUAAGAGGGCAAAUGCCAGCCAGAUAAGGGCGAACCGGCCCUUGAAAACGCGGGGAUCCGGAGGGUGACACAUCAUCCCCCCUGCCACCGCAUUCGCCAACUCGCUCCGACCGGCCUCAAAGCGUGUCGUGGCCAAACAAUGCAUCAUCCAAUGCAUCGCCCUGUCACUCUCUCCUCCCUUGGUACGCGAUCACCAUGUCGAAGACGACCCCAUCACGGUGGCAGGUCGUGAGGAGAAUACCCCAGCUGAAACGGCGGUCAACACUGGCGAAAGCCG